UUUUGUCCAGAUAUUGCAGUUGAAUUGCUUAAUCAUGACUGACAGACCUAUUUAGUUAGCUGGCUGACCUGCUUAUUCACACCUGAGGUGAGAUAAGUGUGAUUGGUGCAGCCUUUAUUAAAGGAGGUGCGGAUUCUCUACCGCCUCUCUCAGAGGGGUUGCUGAGUUAACAUCAGUAUUUCAAACAGGUUGAAACCAGAAGCCCUGGUCGUGACAAUCAGAUCAUUCAACUUUGAAAGCAGCGUUUCAGUGAAAAGGUUUCCUCAAAGGAGUCAGGUCCAGGUGAAGUACGAUCAUGUUGGAAGAUCUUUUCCAGUACUCCACUUCAGUCUCCCUGUUGGUGGCCGUUGUCUGCCUGCUGGUCCUCCACCUUUUUAAAUCAAACUUCAGUUCCAAAGAUAACCAGAGGGAGCCUCCAGGACCUUAUCCUCUUCCCCUGCUUGGUAACUUGCUUCAGUUGGAUCUCAGUAAACUUGACAGAUCCCUCUUUGAUCUGUCCAAAAAAUAUGGAGCAGUGUUCACAGUCUACUUUGGACCGAAGAAGGUGGUGGUCCUGGCUGGAUACAGGACAGUCAAACAGGCUCUAGUCAACUAUGCUGAGGAGUUUGGAGACCGAGAGGUCACGCCCAUAUUCCAUGAUUUCAACAAAGGAAAUGGUAUACUAUUUACCAAUGGUGACUCGUGGAAAGAAAUGAGACGUUUUGCUCUAACUACACUGAGAGAAUUUGGGAUGGGCAAAAGGAUUAGUGAAGACAAGAUCAUUGAGGAAUGUCGCUACCUGAUUGAAGAAUUUGAGACACUUAAAGGUAAAGCCUUCAACAACGCUCGGACAAUUAAUAAUGCAACUUCAAAUAUUAUAUCAGCUAUCAUGUUUGGAAAGCGGUUUGAAUACAAAGACCCUGUCUUCCAAGCUAUGGUGGAGAGAGACAACCAGACCAUCCACCUGACUGGAUCAGCACCCAUCCUGAUGUACAACAUGUUUCCUUGGCUGGGCCCUUUUCUUAAAAACUGGAGGGAUGCGAUGAAGAAUGUGGAGGCCAACAGGGAGGACAUAAAAAGCUUUAUAGCUGACCUGACGGAGACUCUGAACCCUGAGAUGUGCAGAUGUUUUGUUGAUGCAUUCCUGAGACAUAAGCUAAAUGUGGAGGAGUCUGAAAUCAAGAAUUCACACUAUCAUGAUGACAACCUGGUCAACAGUGUGAUGAAUCUGUUUGCAGCUGGGACUGAUACUACAGGAAACACACUUCAGUGGGGUUUACUUUUUAUGGCUAAGUACCCUCAUUUCCAAGACCAGCUUCAGGCAGAGCUGAGCAGGGUGGUCGGUAGCCGACAGGUCAGAGUAGAGGACAGGAAGAACCUGCCCUACACUGAUGCUGUCAUCCAUGAGACACAGAGACUGGCCAACAUUGCCCCCAUAGCCAUUCCUCACAAAACCAGCCGUGACGUCACCUUCCAGGGUCACUUUAUCAAAAAGGGGACUACUGUGUUUCCUCUUCUUACUUCUGUUCUGCAUGAUGAGAAUGAGUGGGAGAGCCCACACACCUUCAACCCUUCCCACUUCCUGGAUAAGGAGGGUAAAUUUGUCAGGAGAGACGCCUUCAUGCCCUUUUCUGCAGGUCGCAGGGUGUGUCUUGGGGAAAGUCUGGCUAGGAUGGAGCUCUUCCUCUUCUUCACUGCCCUCCUCCAGCAAUUUCGUUUCAUUCCUCCACCUGGAGUUACAGAGGAUGAGCUGGAUCUGACACCAGCUGUGGGCUUCACCCUCGCCCCUUCACCUCAUGAGCUGUGUGCCGUCAGUCGCCAAUGAGAAGCAUGGCAUUAUAACCUCAUGUGUCAAUUUCAUGAAUAUUGUUUUGUUCACCUUCACCCAGAGCAGGCUGUUAUCAUUUACUGUUUGUAUUUAAAAUAUAACCAACAUAACUGUGAGCCAGGACGUAGCUGCCUCUCAGGAUUUAGUCAGGUGCCGUGGUAUACAGAGUGACAAAGUCCACACAGGGAGGAGGUUUGGGUGGAUGGAUGGGUCAAACAAACCGACUUCUCUUAUCCUGUGUGAAUGCACCGCACAAAACAGACGUGGAGGGAUCAUUUCUAAAUUACAUGAUGUCCCUUGGUAAUACUAGUCCCUUGUGAACAGGGCUUAAGCAAAAUUAUGGUAUUGCAAAAUGUUCAUUCACUCUUGACACACAUUCAUAUACUGUGGCCGAGGCUGCAGUACAAGGUGCCACCUGCUCAUUAGAUAAACAUUCACACUUCAAUGGCGCAGCAUCAGGAGCAAUUUGGGGUUCAGUGUCUUGCUGAAGGACACUUUGAAAGGGGACUGAGAGCAAGGAAUCGAACCACCAACCUUCCAAAUGGGAAGCCACAGCCGCCCAGGUGUACGCCACUUCUUACUAUCUCCUUAUCUUAUUGGUUGUCCUUUACAAGAUCAGCGGAAAAUGAAAAUAAUUUGACCUUUGAGCGUAGAGGGUAGAGCACAGCUUUCUCCACUGCUCUUCCCACAGGAAACAAUGGCAAAGGCCAGCAGAGAGCGGUUUUACCCUGGUUCAUGUGAAUGGAUGAGUUGACGAAUAGAGCAUCAUGAAACAUUAAUGAAAAGAGUGUGUCCAGUAUUUUUUAAAUAAGUACUUAUCUAGAGGGAACACACACAGGUAGCCUACCAAAAUAAAAUAUAAGUUUAUUGUAAUUUUAUCAUUUACAUGAGGUAUCUAUUUUAAGGUAUAUAUUAAGAGGCCAGUCUAAGUCUUUGUUUAUAGUACAAAUAAUUUCUGCCAUUAUCUGCAAUAUAAGGAAUUAAACCCUUGACAAAUGACACCCACCCCAUGACGUAUGUAAAAGAUAGCUUCAUCUGCUAUUGAUCACGGGUCAUUCUGAAGCGCAGUUUAUUGAGUGCCUGGACAUCUUAUUAUGAUGUAAAUCUAUAGAGCUCGGGCCAGAGUGAGAGAAAGCUCUGGCUUGGGCAUAGACGUUAUGGAACGGUGCAUUGUGGGUAGCGGCGACUAUUUUAGCGGUAUACUGUGUCACUCCCCAAUGUAGGUCAAGUGCAGAUUUGAGUUGCGUAACUUUGCAACAAGUAGCAUACAAGAUGCUAACAAGAGACUUCUGUAAUUUCAAAACAGUAAAAAUUAACCUGCUCAAUGAAGUUCAUUCACUGCUGGCUACAAGUUAGCAAUCACACACAACACAGGCUGUAGGUUGUGUGGCGUUAGCAAUCAAACAACAUGACUGCUAGCUUAACUAUAAGCUAGCAAUCAAACACAACAAAGGCUGGAAUGGCGUUUUGUGCUAUCGUUAGCAAUCAAACAAUUAUAAUUAGCUAAAACGUUUUUGAAAUGAUUGCCAUCUUCUGUUAUUGUUUGUAAUUAUAAAAGUUUAUUAUUUCAUGGAUUUCACAAAUCUCAGUAUGACACAUUAUGCCGUAAACUGUUUAAAUCUGAGCAACUAACAUCUGCGCUCAACCAGAGCUGGUCUGACUCGACUCUCAUCGGGUAUGACCCGUUAAGCCGUAAACCGUUUACAUCUACGACUGAAAUCUGCGCUUACAUCGGGGAGUGACACGCUGCAAAGGUUUCAAAAUAUUAGCGUAGCUGGUGUUCCUGGGAGACCACGUUAACCCUCAUGUUCUCCUCGGGUCAAUAUCUUUUCUAGCCAAUUGUAAUUAUCCAAAAUAUUAUGAUAUGAUUAUUGUUAUUAUUAUGAUCAAUAUGAUUGAUUCCACACAACACUCUUUGGCAAAUAUAAAUCUGUACUUUCGGGUGUCUUAUUCAAUUUUAUAGCAUUUGUGGUUUCAAAAUAGUGUAAAAUUAGAGUAAAAUUUAACAUAUUCCAGUCUGUGAUUAUCUAUUAAAGGUAGUGCAUUAUGGAACACAUUCCCCCCAACUAUAAGGGAGCGUCCCACUUUGGCCUCCUUUAAGAGCCAGGUAAAGCUGUGGCUUAGAGCUAACCAAAUGUGUAACCACCACUAACUUGUGUUUGCAUUUUUCUAC